GGUGGUCCGCCAAAUUCAAACAGUGGAGUAGGGUACUACUACAACACACACACCGAGCAAGAUCCAAAUCAGUCACUGCGAACAAUAACGUUGGAGAAAUUUGAAAAUAAGCAACGCAACAUGACGUCUUCUUUUGCGAGUGGAGUCGGCACGGCUGUGACUAGCGUGUGGCGGGUCCACACCCAACUCGACGAAUCCGAUGAACCAGACACCUCCCCUGUUGCACCCACCCGGUUCCGAAAGCUGCGUACCUCCAGCUCUCUGAACUCUCUGCGUAUGUCUCUGCGUAAACGACUUCCACUCAAGUCUGUACAGUCUAAUGUGGUCGCAGAGACUGAGAACCCGACUUGGGAGUCACUUGAGAUGAACAAGAAGACUGGAGCUGUCCGCCAGUUUACGCGCAGUGCGAAGAAUUCCAUCACGGGAGUGUAUCAGAAGUUCCAGAAGAGACAGGUGUCCCGAGAGGACUGUUUGGUAACCACACCUGGUCGGAUACUCGAGGGGGAGGAAAACAGUUUCCGCACCCCUCGCCGCACCACCGCUACCCGAAACACCACGCUAACGCCCUCACGCACCCCGAAGUCCUCCGCCAGACGCCCCCCGAGGUCUGCCACCAAAUGCACACCCAGAUCAGCAACCAAGCGCACCCCGCGGAGAGGAGCUGCCUGCACCCCAGAGGCGAGCGACGCGGUGAGGGGUGUGAGGUCAGGGGGUGGCCGGAGACAGCUGGUGCGCAUGGCAGCCCUGAGGAGCCCCUUCGCUUCCCCAAACACCAUGAGCAACAGGCGGCAGUUUGAGCGGGAGCUAGAUGGUGUGUCCAGUGGACUGAGGAAGCUGAAGAGUCUGUCUCAAGCCCUCAAUGAUGUCAUCGGCAGAGAUGAACGGUCUCAGGCCGUGGAGCAUUACAGAAGCGUUAUGGCGGGAGAAUACUCCUCCACAACCCCGAGGGAAGCAGCCGGCGUUUUGUCCAGAGCUUCCGUGAGGCAGCGGAGCCGAUGCGUGCGAGAGGUGCUGGGGACCUGGAAGGACACGGUCAUGUCCAACAUUCACAAAGAGUCCUGAAGUACUCGCGUUACGCCUGCUUAGUUAGUCAAGUCAAGUCAAGUCACACUUAGUUACACUGUCAUGUCUGUGACAUUUAUACACAUGCUAUUUAUGUGUGUCUGUCUGUUUACAUGUGUAUAUAUACAUAUAUAUUUGUGUGGGUAUGUCUGUGUAAUCAAUGGGAGAACUUUGUUACACGUGUGAAGAUGUGUUCUGUCUACUAUCAGGAGUUGGGAGAUGAUCCUUAAGGGUCCUGUGCAGCAACUACAUUUUAGGCUAGCUAAGCUGGUCAUGCUUUUCCUCCUGUUUUCCCAGAACAAUUAUGAGCUGUGUUCUUCACUUAUUAUCUCUAUUCAUUCAUUUAUCAUGUUUUGAUACUUUUGUGGACCUAUUCAUCAAACAUGUUCUACUCAUUGAAUGCACUGUAUGUUGUAUAAACGAUGCCUUAUACCAAAAUUGCGUUUGUACUUUAGGAAACACUAGGACUAACAUACUGUGAGUUACUUCUUGAAUUUUUAUAGUUUUUUUUUUUUUUUCUAACUUAACUAACACUAGACAAGAGACAUUGUUUGUCUCCAAUGUAAUGUUUUUAAUUAUUAUUAUUUUAAAUAUUAACAGCAUUGAUUAUAACAGCAAAACCUGUUUACUUGUUCAACAACCAGUUUCAGUAGCUCUCAUUUUGAAAAUAAGCCUUUCUGACUUAUUUCCUCUGGGAUUUUAAGGGUCAUAUCACUAUGGGAAACUAAGUCGUUUUUUCUUACUUAGCUGAAGCCAAGGGAAAAUAUGUCACUAUUUGGGAUUUGUAUGUUUUACUUAUCUGUAAACUCAUCCAGACUGUUGAGAAGGUCAAAACAUUUUUUUGUUGAUUUUUAUGUGCAAAGGUAUACCAAAAAUGUCCGUCCUUGAGGAUUGUUACUUCCAAAAUAUUGUUUACCUUUUUGAUAGGCCAAUUAAAGUUCACCUUUUA